GUUUAUAUUCUAAAAAUUUAACGAAGUUCUAACAUUAACUCUAUACUGCAUCUGACAGUUUCUGCUUGACGGGAAAAAGAAGAAUGUGUGCGGAUCAAAUAUAAUGCUAGAAUAUCAAAUAAUUGUGUUAAAAUACAAAAUAUUUACAUUAAUCAGACAAACUCUUCUUUAGAGAUAUUGCAAAUUGUAUUUAUAGUGGUGACAAACUUGUGUAUGAUACUGCAUAUUUUCUGAUCAAUUAUGCCAAUCUGAGAUUCAACUUCUAGAACGUCAUGGAAGAUUCGCCGUCCGAAGACAACCCGUCGCCAACAAGAAAUGGCUCGCUCCAAAUAUCCUUACCUACAGUUCUUUGUACUCCCGAAUCAUCAGAAAACUCUGAUAUCCUUUGUAAGACCAAAUCCUUUGUUUCUUCUGAAUCCAAACUUUCUUUACCAUCUAAUCUAGGGACACCUACUUCGCCUUUGCGGCUGUCUUCCCCAUUAUCCUUGCCUACUUCUCCUACUCCUUACAUGAAGAUCACACAGCCUCAGCCAGAGAAGAGUGACCGGAUGACGCCGCCGACGACGCUGGUUCAGCAAGCUGGUCCGAAACAGCCUCUUGUCAACACCGGGUCGGCUACAGGCAACCCCCGAACAAAUGCGCGCUCCAGCCCGGACACAGCCUGAUGGACUGGAUCCGGCUCGGCAACUCCGGCAAAGACCUCACGGGCGUCGGCGGCCGCGUGCGGCCCGUGUCGCCGGACGAACUCGCCGCGCACAAUACGCAAAAUGACGCCUGGCUAGCUAUUCGAGGUCGCGUGUACAACAUUACACAUUAUUUGCCUUACCAUCCUGGAGGUCCAGAGGAAUUAAUGAGGGGAGCGGGAAUAGAUGCCACUCAACUAUUCGACAAAGUACAUCCGUGGGUAAACUACGAUUCACUCCUCGCGAAAUGCCUCGUGGGUCCGCUACGAAUCGACAGGCCAGACGCAGAGGAACUUUUCGGUCCAUCCACUCCCUCGCCCAAAUCAGAAAACCGUCUCAGGGAACCCUCCAAAGCGCAAGAGCUCGUCAGAAAGUCCAUGGAAAAUCUAGCUAAUUGUAUCACCCCUGUCAGAAAAAAGAUGUCGGCAAAGAGCGAAGAGAACGUCAAAGGCAGCCCGCCGAGCAAAAUAAUGCAGAGUUUAAUACAGUCCAGCGAUCUGCCAGUGUCGAUAAGUAGGAGAGCAGCUGCGAGUCCUGUCAAAACUUUGGACAAAAGUGACACCGCGCCGUCGCCUCUCCGCUUUGAUUGGAUACAAACGUCGAGUAAACUGACGCUGUCGGUUUACACGGGGCCGCUGGCCAACCCGGGCGGCUGUGCGAGGAUCAUUGAGGGGAUUUUGUUUGUCGAAGUAGCCACUAACGGCUGGGUGCGAACACUCAAAUUAGUUCCCGAGGCGAAGUUGUUAGAGUCAUUACAGCUGCGGGUGUUCGCGGAAAGCGGGAAAAUUGAGGUUAUAGCACACAAAGCGAAACCGGGCGUGUGGAAGACCUGUGGGGAAGCGGUGGCGGGUGCAGCAAGCCGCGUGUCGACGCCGCGCUCCGUGUCGUGUCGUGUGGCGCGCGUGUCGCGAGUGUCGCACGACACGGUGUUGCUGUCGCUGACGGCUCCCGCGCAGGCGCUGGUGGCGCCGUUGGGGCAUCAUGUGCGAGUGCAUAGGACUGUUUCUGACGUGGAAUGCGUGAGAUCUUACACGCCUGUCGGAGAAGGCUGGGGGCCUGACGCAGAAAGGGACAGUGCUAUACACCUGGCUGUGAAGGGAUACGAGACCGGCGCGUUGUCACCCUACUUGACUACGUUGCAGCUUGGUGAUGAAGUCACGGUGUCUGGACCUUAUGGAAACUUCCAGCUAAAUACGCUGAAAGGAGUGAAGGAAAUAUACUUCGUGGCGGCCGGAACUGGAAUCACGCCGAUGCUGGGUCUGCUAAAAUUCAUGCUACCGAGGUCCAAUCCUAGAUGUGAACGCAUUCAUUUGUUAUUCUUUAACAAAACGGAGGGGGAUAUCCUGUUCCGGGAAAAUUUCGAAGAAAUCGCUAGGGAAGAUGACAGGUUCACCGUCACCCACGUAUUGUCCGACGCAGGUCCUUCGUGGUCCGGCCAAAGAGGCCGAGUGACCACCAACCUCCUCACACAAGUCAUAGGCAAGAACGCUCUCAAGUGUAGGGACCAGUGUACGCACUUCGCUUGCGUCUGUGGUCCCACUGAGUUCACGCACACGGCUAUCGACUUACUGAAAAAACUAGACAUGAAAGAUUCAUGCAUCCAUGCGUUCAUGGGAUAGGUAUUUUGUAUAGAAUUUGUAAAUUGAAAGUGUCAAAUCGAGCUCAUGUAAAUACGACUGUCUGCGUUUUUAUUGAGGUUCAUGAUGUAAUUUAAUUGUGCAGGUGUGUGCGUGGCAACGUUGUUAUUGUUUUAUUAUUUAACAAUAUAAUGCAGGGAUAUCACUAUGUUAUUUUGAUUUAUAAAUAUUUUACACUUUCAAAUAUAACUUAGGUACUUAUACAUUUUGAAAGACACAACCUGUUUGAGUUAGGGCUCAUUUACAAGGCGCAUAUAUGUGAGGUCACACAUCGUGUAAAUGGGCUCUUAGAAAUUUUAUAGGUACAACAACCUUCAACUCAAAAAUUAUACCGAUUUAUAUACAAAACUAAAUUAUUUCAAGUAAUAUUAUGUUGCGAUGUAACGGUUACAGGUUGCCAUACUUAUCAAAAUACGUUUACAUAAUACAGAUUCAAUAAUUUAUAUAAGAGAAAGGCCAAUAAAAUUAUGCACAAAAUGUAAACUAGAAUUUCACGAUAAAAGCAGUGAUAGAAACUGAAAUCGUAAGCUCAUGUAUGUCCAUUAAGUACACUAACAGCAAUACAAGUAUCUUAAAGACAGUAUUCUAUUAAAAAAGUGAUCUAAAAGUAGAUAAGCCAUUAUUAUACAUAUGUACAUAUUCAGCAGAGGAGUACAUAAUUUAGACAUCUACCUACAUAGAAAUGUAUGUAUAUAGCAUUGAUAGCGGUACCAUUUCCACGGACCUACUUUUUAUUUACUGUAAAAUUGUAAAUAUUCGCUUGGAGAUCAAAUUUUCAACUAAUAUUUCUCGUAUGAGUUAGAACAAAACUUUAUAAAGUUAAAAUUUUAUAAAAUGAUAAUUAUACAUAUACCUAUCUCAAUAGAGCUUUGAGGCCCAGCACAGUCGUCAAUGAAAAGUUUUAUUACGUAUCUGGAAACCAACUUAUGUACAGUACUUACAAAUUAUUUUAAAUACUUGAAACAUAAUGUUUAUUUACUCUACAAGUAAGUUUGUUAAUUUAGCGACAACAUGGCCAAAACACCAAUGUAUAACAAGGUUGGAUAACGUAGUUUGUAAAUGAAAUGUGAUAAAAGUGAAAUGCUUUUGUAUAUAAAAUUUUCUUGGCCAGUUCCGUCAAGUAUUUAAGCUGGUUUUAGUGUCACGCGGAACGACCGCGCGAAGCGAUCCGCACUGGACUAAUAUGUGUUAACUUCUGGGAGCGUUUGAGUGGCGCGGACGGGGCCGCGCUGACGACUUCAACUUAAUACAAAUUGGUCGCGCGGAUCGCUCCGCGCGGACGGUCCGCGUGACAAUAAAACCAGCCUUAAGAGUGUUAGGAUAAUUAAUGAAAGACAAGAACUGCAAGCGAUUUUCGAAUCGAAUGUUUAAAAUGUUCUUAAAUAAAAGACAUACAGAUCGGUAAUACGUACAAUUUACCUACAAUUUAGAAUUCUAACGACAUUAAAAUAAAGUUAAGAAUAGUUUAUUUCCCAAAAUGAGAAAUGUUGUUUCGAGUGAAUGCUUUCUAUUAAAAUCCGAGCCAGCAAAGGUUUCUUAAAGAUUACAAAAUUCGUUUUUAACCCUUGGCUGCAAAAGAUGUCAGCCCAAUAUCAACCCUCGGGUAUUCAGGCAAGGUUCACGAUGACGCGUUGCAGGCAAGAAGUGUAGCGUUCAUGGGGUUAUCAUCAAAGAGCCAAUCAAUAACCAGCUGUGUAGAUAAACGUGUACCCUAAGAUUACUAUUGAGAAGAGUGGUUUAUCCGUAUAGGAAACAAAAAUUGUGCUGUGACAACUAUUGUACUUUUUUCUCGUAAAUAUCGCACUGUUAUUUCGUGCCAAAAUUGAGCUUAGAUUCCUGAAAUAACUAAGCCAUUAUAAAUUAUAAUUUCCUUAUCCAAUUUAUAUUCACCCUCUCCAGAAUACUCUGUGUACCUAAACAAGUAAACAU